GGAUAGGUAAAAUGGCCCCUAAUGCAGCGGAACCUCUAGCAAAACCUGCACCAACCAGCUCAACCGGCAUCAAUGCCAUCCUACUUGGACCGCCCGGAUCCGGCAAAGGAACACAGGCGCCGCUGUUAAAAGAGAAAUAUUGCGUAUGUCACCUAUCUACGGGAGAUAUGCUGAGAGCGGAGAUAGCCGCCGGUUCGAAGCUUGGCGCACAGCUGAAAAAGGUGAUGGAUGAGGGCAAGCUGGUGUCGGACGAGCUGGUGGUGGACAUGAUCGAUUCCAACCUUGACAAACCCGAAUGCCGUAACGGAUUUCUGCUGGACGGGUUCCCCCGCACGGUGGUGCAGGCCGAAAAGCUCGACAGUUUGCUGGAAAAGCGUAAAACCGGGCUCGAUGCGGUGAUCGAGUUCGGUAUCGACGACAGUUUGCUGGUGCGCCGUAUUACCGGCCGCUUGAUCCAUCAGGCGAGUGGUCGAUCGUAUCACGAAGAGUUUGCCCCACCGAAGGUUCCGAUGAAGGACGACGUGACCGGCGAACCAUUAAUGCGCCGUAGCGAUGAUAAUGCAGAUGCGUUAGUGAAGCGGCUGGAAUCGUACCAUAGGCAGACGAAACCGUUGGCAGAUUAUUACGCGCUACGCGGGUUGCAUUUCCGGGUGGAUGCGGCCAAAAGUGCGUCGGACGUGUUUGCCAACAUUGACGGGAUCUUUACGAAACAGCGUGCCCAGCGGUUGGGUCUAUAAAUUUGGAAAAACUCCAUCCAAAGCUCCC